UCCUCAAGAAGAAAACACAUCAGCAACAAAAAUGACAAUGACCAAGAAAUUAGUCAUAACACUUCUCCUUCUCAUCUCCAUAGCUUUCGUCCAUUGCUUAGCCUUCCAUGUGGAGCUCGAAGAGUUCGAGCCCCCGCAGCAAGAGGAACAAGACGUCCCUCGCCGCGGUCCUGGCGGUCGUCCUGGAGGUCGCUCAGGCGAGGGAUGGCAGGAAGAGUCGACGGAGUUUCCCUACCACUUUGGGAAGCGGAGUUUCAAGAAUUGGUUCCAAUCAAAUGAAGGCUUUGUGAAAAUGUUGCCUAAGUUCACAAAACGCGCACCGAAUCUCUUCCGUGGGAUCGAAAAUUACAGAUUCGCGUUGUUUGAGAUGGAGCCAAACACUUUCCUUGUGCCUCACCAUCUGGAUGCUGAUUCCGUGGUGCUAGUACUACAAGGUCAUGGAGUGGUUGAGUUUGUGACGGAUAAAACCAAAGAAUCGUUCCACGUAACCAAAGGUGAUGUGGUGAGACUCCCUUCCGGCGUCACCCACUAUGCCACCAACACUAACCAGACCGUUCCUCUUCGCUUCGUCAAGAUCAUUGUCCCCGUCAACAAUCCUGGCCAGUUCAAGGAUUACUUCCCAGCUCGAUCCCAGUUUCAGCAAUCCUACUUCACAGGGUUUAGCAAAGAAGUCCUCUCAGCGAGUUUCAACAUACCGGAAGAGUUGGUAGGGAGAUUAUUUUCUGGAUCACAACAAACGGGACAAGGAAUUAUGCGGAGAGUUUCACCAGAUCAGAUCAAGGAGCUCACCAAACAUGCUACUUCUCCGUCAAACAAACACAAAGAAACAAAAUCCAAACACAAAGACACAAGCACGAAGUUGAGACCUUUCAAUCUCUUUACUCAAGAUUCAGUUUCAACCUACACCAACGACUUUGGUCAUUUCCACGAGGCACGUCCUGAGAGUUUUGAUCAACUCCAAGACCUUCGCAUCGCCGUCGCUUGGACCAACAUGUCACAGGGUUCCUUGUUCCUUCCUCACUAUAACUCCAAGACAACGUUUGUUACGUUCGUGGAGAAUGGUUGCGCCCGCUAUGAGAUGGCUUCUCCGUAUUCAUUCCAAGGAGAGCAACAACAACAACAAUGGUGGCCUGAACAAGGAGGAGAAGAAGAAGAAGAAGAUAUGAGUGGACAAGUACACAAGAUUGUCUCAAGAGUGUGUAAAGGCGACGUCUUUAUCAUUCCGGCAGGUCAUCCAGUCACUUUAGUCUCACACAAUGAGAACUUUGUCUCGGUAGGGUUUGGUAUCCAUGCAUCCAACUGCACAAGAACGUUCCUUGCAGGGCAAGAGAAUGUGUUGAGCAACCUCGACACGGUAGCGACGAGAGUGACGUUUGGUGUGGGAAGUAAAGUGGCGGAGAAACUAUUCACGAGCCAAAACUAUUCCUACUUUGCGCCAACGACUCGUAGCCAUCAACAAACUCAAGAGAAACGCGAGCCAUCGUUCCAAUCAAUCUUCAGCUUCGCCGGUUUUUGAGAAUGCGUUUACAAGUUGCUACGAGUGAAAAGGUUUGGUAUAUGUGUCUGGCGAUGUAAUAAAAACAACAACAAAAAAAACGGUGACGCUAUGUAAGUUCUGUCUACCGAGGUUUCUUGAGUUGUAAAUUGCUCUGAACGGCUCUGUUUGAUAAAUAAUAUAACCUGAAGGUUGGUUAUGGUG